AUGGCUUUUCGCCAGCAGCAACGCCCGCAAUCUGCUCGCCAGAUCUCGUACCAUGAACCGCCGGCCGAGAUCGGAACCACUUCCUCGCCGCAGCAGAAGAGAGCCCUCGAAGAGUCGGAGGAAUGGGUUCUCUUCUCACCGGGCGCGCCUUCUACCGCCGCCCGCACACAUACAACUUCGACCGAACGAACACCGCGCACAGCCGGCCUGUCGCGCCUGAGCGACUUUGGCUCUCUUGACACCGCCGCACGCUCCCAUGGGGACGACGAUGUAACUGAAGAGGGAGAGGAGUUGGAUAGUUUGGACGACGGCCUGCACGCAUUUCACGAGCCGUCCGAGUAUGCAGGGCCAUCAAGCAGGUUGCAGCAGAGUGGCGAUACCGUUCUGCCGACGCAUGAUGGCUUGGGCACAUUCCAGACCGAUGCCGAUAUGGCAGAGCACAUGUGGCAGUUCGAGAGACAAACGCCGCGAAGACGCCAAGCUCGACGGCGAUCGAGCGUGCAGCGACGACUGGAUGCCCUGGAGGAGACGGAGGAGCUCACUCAGGAGCAGGACAGGCGGCAGCGGAUAGAGCAGUGGCGACUCGAGCAGAGCAGAGCGCUGCUCGAAGAGAUCGAGAGGGAGACCAGACGCAGGCGCAGAAUGAGUAUCGUCAGUGCUGCUCGCAGCCGAACGGACAGCGCCCACCAUGCCAUGAAGAGCACCACGUCACAGGUCGCAAGAUCAGUGUCGGAUGGCCAGAGCGAAGCAUCAGAUGAAAGCACGGAAAACAUGUCGUUCUGGCAGCGGCUAACAAGAAGAGUCAUACGCGAUUUGAUGGGCAUUGAUGAGGAUACACUGUCAGUUAUUUUCGGCGAGUCAUUACCUGACGAGGUAGCGACAGGACCCGCUGAGGCUCCCGAAACGAGGGCUUCCAUCGACGCCACUCUUAGAGCUAUGGACGCUGAAGGCGUACCCGACGAAGACUGGCAGCAUCGGCUUCUCGAAAGAGUGGCACGGGAGCUCGGCAUAUUGGUGCAUCAACUGUCUGAGCAUCCCGGUGCCUUUUCUACCUAUCUUACUGCGCAAGAUAUGCCGGAGUAUGCAGGCCUUUCUGCCGGGCAACCUUCAACUACUGUUGCGACCGACUCAACACCGUCCGACGUUACAGCUUCAGGCUCCACUCCCAUGGCGACUUCGGCGAAUUUUGCUCCCACAUUUCCGGGGCAGCCCUCUAACGUAUACAGCGAAGCAUCUCUCUGGGGCAUCGAAGAAGAACCCGAGUCGGUCGACCCAUUGAAUUCUUUUCGUGGCCCUCGUACAGCUCCCGCACUCGUGAACCACGCCGAGGAGAUUGCACGCGAGCAAGAGUAUUGGGAACGCGAGCUCGACGUCAAAAUGGUCUUCAACUUCCUUUUGAAGCGAUUCUCCUCGCGGCGGUCAAGUAUCUCUUCGCAACCAAGGAAAGCUUCGAGUGCGCCGACCGUGGGUGAAGAGGCAGAGGAUCCACAGGCGAGCGCGAGGAGGGCGGCUAUCAUUCGACAGAACCACCCUUUGGUCAGUCGGUCGAGAGAGCCGGUAGCGACAAGUUCGAGAUCGAAGAAGAGGGAAGGCGCUACAUAUAAGACGUACUAUCACCAACAGCCAUCGCUGCGCAAUCAGGUCCUCAAGAGCAACUCGUCAGUGACAAGCCAGAGUACCAAGAAGAGCAAGCGGUCCGGGGGUAGUGGACGUAACUACUGGGACCUUGGUGGCAGUGUCGGGUCUGGCAGUGUUAUC